AAGUUCUAGGGCACCUUUAAUAAUAUCUCCCAAGGGUAGAAUGCACAGGGUGAAAAGCAGUAGUCCUAGUACUGAGCUUUGUGUUUAACUUGUGAUCGACAUGACACCUUUUCAUUUAUUUGCUACAAAGUGAUAACAGUUAGAUAAGUACAAUUUGAACCAUGGCAAUGCAGUUCCACUAAUGCCAACAUAAUUCUGAAGCCUAUCCCAGGGAAUGCUUUGUUUUGUAGUAUCAAAGGCAGUACUAAGGUCCAGUAUAUGGUUAGUCAUUCCUUAAAGGAUCUAGUUACACUUGAGUCAUUACUAGUGUGUGUGCGUGCGUGUGUGUGUGUGUGUGUGUGUGUGUGUGUGUGUGUGUUGGCCUUUGUGAUUUAUGAGGACAUUUCGUAUGAAUACACGCCACAUUAUGAGGACAUUUUGAAUUAUGAGGACAUGGCCGGUGUCCUCAUAAUUCGGGCAAUGUAGAAGUGCUCCAGUAGCUAGGGGGAGCUGAAAUCCAAAAUUUCUCCACAUGUCUUUAUAAUUCACAUAAACCUGAAUUUGUGUAUGACGUGUGUAUCGGAAGUGCGCCUCUGUAGCCGGGACUUGGUACUGCGCCUCCUCAUUAAUUAUUAAUACGUGUGUAUGAAAUCGCGGCUUCUGAUUGGCUGACCGCCGGAAGUCCUCAUAAUGUCGGAAUUUGUCAAACUCAAGCCAUGUUAACACAGUUCUACAACAAAGACGGUAUAGGAAAAUAUAUAAGUUUAAGUAUAAAAUAAUAGCCACGUAUUACAUUUACUAAAUUAUAUAUAAAAAGCACUGCAAACUGAACCCUCUAAUCCCACCUGACCGAAGCCUUUUCUCUGUGGAUGUCUGACGACGACGUCAUCUCUCAUCGCCCCUAAAAUAACUUCAGAGAAUGAAGAACCUGCCUCACUCGUCUGUGGAGAUGGGAGUAAAACAUCACUGAUGAUAACUUCAGAGAGUGAAGAACCUGCCUCACUCGUCUGUGGAGAUGGGAGUAAAACAUCACUGAUGAUAACUUCAGAGAGUGAAGAACCUGCCUCACUCGUCUGUGGAGAUGGGAGUAAAACAUCACUGAUGAUAACUUCAGAGAGUGAAGAACCUGCCUCACUCGUCUGUGGAGAUGGGAGUAAAACAUCACUGAUGAUAACUUCAGAGAGUGAAGAACCUGCCUCACUCGUCUGUGGAGAUGGGAGUAAAACAUCACUGAUGAUAACUUCAGAGAGUGAAGAACCUGCCUCACUCGUCUGUGGAGAUGGGAGUAAAACAUCACUGAUGAUAACUUCAGAGAGUGAAGAACCUGCCUCACUCGUCUGUGGAGAUGGGAGUAAAACAUCACUGAUGAUAACUUCAGAGAAUGAAGAACCUGCCUCACUCGUCUGUGGAGAUGGGAGUAAAACAUCACUGAUGAUAACUUCAGAGAAUGAAGAACCUGCCUCACUCGUCUGUGGAGAUGGGAGUAAAACAUCACUGAUGAUAACUUCAGAGAAUGAAGAACCUGCCUCACUCGUCUGUGGAGAUGGGAGUAAAACAUCACUGAUGAUAACUUCAGAGAAUGAAGAACCUGCCUCACUCGUCUGUGGAGAUGGGAGUAAAACAUCACUGAUGAUAACUUCAGAGAAUGAAGAACCUGCCUCACUCGUCUGUGGAGAUGGGAGUAAAACAUCACUGAUGAUAACUUCAGAGAGUGAAGAACCUGCCUCACUCGUCUGUGGAGAUGGGAGUAAAACAUCACUGAUGAUAACUUCAGAGAAUGAAGAACCUGCCUCACUCGUCUGUGGAGAUGGGAGUAAAACAUCACUGAUGAUAACUUCAGAGAAUGAAGAACCUGCCUCACUCGUCUGUGGAGAUGGGAGUAAAACAUCACUGAUGAUAACUUCAGAGAAUGAAGAACCUGCCUCACUCGUCUGUGGAGAUGGGAGUAAAACAUCACUGAUGAUAACUUCAGAGAAUGAAGAACCUGCCUCACUCGUCUGUGGAGAUGGGAGUAAAACAUCACUGAUGAUAACUUCAGAGAAUGAAGAACCUGCCUCACUCGUCUGUGGAGAUGGGAGUAAAACAUCACUGAUGAUAACUUCAGAGAAUGAAGAACCUGCCUCACUCGUCUGUGGAGAUGGGAGUAAAACAUCACUGAUGAUAACUUCAGAGAGUGAAGAACCUGCCUCACUCGUCUGUGGAGAUGGGAGUAAAACAUCACUGAUGAAGUGGAGCAGUAGGGAAGAUCAUUGACAAGCUGUCAUUCCUGAAAAUCCUGCUGAAAAGGAUGCCAGAAGGAAACAAAAACAGCAAUGGUCAGAGAAGAGAAAGAGACAGGAACAAAACAUUUAGUGUUUUGAUGGUGUAGUUUUUUUUUUUUUUUUGGUUUUAUAUGUAUGAGCAAGGUUAUACAUUGUUUAGUGAUAUGAUAUAAUAUGCUUUGUUCAAGGUUAUCAAAGGUAAAGGGUAAAGUGCUUUACCUCAACGCAUUUUUUUUUUUUUGUAUAUGAAAAAGCACACAUUAAAAUUUGCUUCUUGUUC